GGUAAAGGCAGCACCUCUCAUUAUUCACUCAAUUAAGCAGCUCUCAAAAUGGAUCUGAGAAAAACCCUUGUAACCUUUUCUCUCGUCUGCCUAAUUUCCGGUUUAACGUCACAGCAAGCAUAUGGUCAGAACUGUGGGUGUUCGCCUGAUCUGUGCUGCAGCCAGUAUGGAUAUUGUGGCACAGGAGAUCAAUACUGCGGCACAGGCUGCAGGUCAGGACCGUGCUACUCCUCCACCCCAUCCACCCCCACACCUUCUGGUGGCAGCUCGGUUGCUGAUAUCGUGAGUGACAGCUUCUUCAAUGGGAUCAUAGGGCAAGCUGAUGCAAGCUGUGCUGGGAAGAGCUUCUAUACGAGGCAAGCGUUUCUUGAUGCGGCCAAAAGUUACCCUCAGUUCGCUGCCGGUUCAGCAGAUGAUUCUAAGAGGGAGAUUGCAGCAUUCUUUGCCCAUGUCACGCAUGAAACUGGACACUUCUGCUACGUAGAAGAGAUAGAUGGUGCUUCUAAGGACUACUGCGAUGAAAGCAACACGCAAUAUCCAUGCGCCCCAAACAAGGGCUAUUAUGGUCGCGGGCCGAUCCAAAUUUCAUGGAAUUACAACUACGGACCUGCAGGAAAGGACAUUGGAUUUGAUGGGCUGAACUCUCCUGAAACUGUGGCCAAUGACCCCGUCGUCUCAUUCAAGACAGCUUUCUGGUUUUGGAUGAACAACGUGCAUUCCGUGAUCGGUCAAGGUUUUGGGGCUACAAUUAGAGCCAUCAAUGGUGCCAUUGAGUGCAAUGGCGGAAACAGUGGCGCUGUACAAGCACGUGUUAAGUACUACACCGACUACUGCAACCAACUCGGCAUUUCUCCUGGGGACAACCUUACCUGUUAGAUUGCAUCAAUUGGUAGGUUAAUUCCUAGCAGUUGAGCUUAAUAAUGGGUGCUUACAUAGCACAAACUAUGAUAAUAUCAAUAAAGGCCUACGAAUGUGUUACAUUACAUUGAGUAACAUUGACAAGCAGUACAAUAAGUCGGGGAUCGCACUGGAAAAAGGGUAGAAUUUUCAACCUCCGUAA